AUGACCGCCAAAAGACCUCGAAGCCCAGAUCUCAUCCCAAACCCGUUUAUCAAGAAACGCAACCUCGAAUGGUCCCUCGACGUCCCUCACGCCGAUGAUGAGGAAGAGGAGGAGGAGGAGGUAACCCCCGCGCGCAGCAGCGACCGCCCGGGCCCGAGCCUCUCCGCAACCCUCGAAUCAGGCGCCGCGACGCACCCGGACCCGGCGGCGCACUUCUUCUCGCACCUGGCGCGGCACACGCUCUCGCCGUACCCGGCCUCCGCGGCGCGUCUCGCCGACGGCGGGCUCGAGGCGCUGUUCGAGUCCAACGCGGGGCGCCGCGGGGGCGCGCACUUCGUGGUGCACCAGCACGACCACCCGGUCGCGGGCCCGCACUACGACCUGCGGCUGCAGGUGAACGAGAGGAGCAGCGUGAGCUGGGCGGUGAUGUACGGGCUGCCGGGGGACGCGAAUUCCAAGAGGUUGAACCGGAACGCGACGGAGACGAGGGUGCAUUGUUUGUGGAAUCACGUCGUGGAGACGGCGAGUUGGUAUACGGGGAGUUUGGUGAUUUGGGAUUGUGGGGUUUAUGAGGUUUUGGAGAGGGGGAGGGGAGGAGGGCCGGAAGUUGAUCCGGAUUCUGGGCGGGAGGAUGAGGAGGAUGAUGAUGUGGAUGGGAGUGGGAUGACGGAGCAGGAAAAGUUGGCUAGGGCUUUCAGGGAGAGGAAGAUUAGAGUGAGGUUACAUGGAUCCAAGCUUCCGAGGGGGUAUGUGUUGAAUUUGAGGUUGACGAGGGGGGAGGAUGCGGAGGGGCGGAGGAGGAGUGAGAAGCUGCUUGCGGGGCCUGCGAGGAAGAGGAGGAGGAGAAAGGGGGAGGGUGCGGGCGUGAAGAAAGAUAUUGUUGUCGAGACCAGUUCUGAAGAGGACGAAGACGCUGAUGAUGAUCUGGUCCCCGAUGCUGAGACCGGGGCCGCGACGGAGACGAACGUCACGGACGUGGAGAGGGAACUGAGGGAGCUGGAGGACGAGACGGUGCGGAUGACGAACGCGUAUAAGGGGGCGGAGAACAGUGUUGGUAGUGUGCACCAGAGGAGGUGGUAUAUGUCUCUGGACCGGGAGGCGAGCGGCGAUAGAGAGAGCGUGUACGUCAUGAGCGACUCCCGCAGUAUCCGGUCCUCCCGCACCCGCCGCAGCGGCGGCGGCGGCGGUGGCGGCAGUAGCAGCAGCGGGGCCCCGCGACACUCGUCCGAGCGACACUCUUCCGAACGGCACUCUUCCGAAAGACACUCCUCCGCACGGCACUCGUCGUCCGCCGCCGUUGACGACAACUCCUACCUCCGUCCCUCCAACCGGAGCAUGCGCAGCAGCGCGCGCAGUGUGCGCUCCGUCAACUCCCAGUUCGCCGCUACCCGCCGCGAGUACGAUUUCGACGAUGACGACGAGGAGUCCAUGGUAGACCGCAUGACGAUCGCCUCCGAGGCGGAAUUCACCGGCGGCGACGAUAGCACCGUCACCAUCGGCGACUUCGCUCCGCAGGAGGACGCGGACGGCCUCGAGGGUGAUUACUACGACUUGCUGUGUCUGCCGAAGGACCCCACCAUCACGCCCGACCAGGUGCGCAAGGCGUACUAUCGGCUGAUUCUGUAUCUGCACAUGGACGGCCUGCCGGAGAGCCUGCACCCGAUCGCGAAGCCGUGGUUGGACGAGGUGCAGAGGGGGUUCGAGACGCUGAUUGACCCGCACCGGAGGGCGUUGUACGAUGCGAACCAGAUGCGGGACCUACCGGUCGACGAGGACUAUCGAUAUGGAUAUGACGUGUCGUUGAAGGAGCAGUUGAGACAGAGGGCGGCCGAUGUCGUACAGACGUCUUCUGAUUUGGGGAUACGGUUUGAUGCGUCCAAGGCAGUGAGGCAGGGCGCCGCAUUUACGCCAUUGGACUUCACGCUCAGUCAUUCCGUCACUGUCGGGCUGCCGCCUUUGGGUCGCUUGAUGGGUCGGUCGACUCAGUCAGGAGAUUGGGCGCCGUCCGCAUCGAAGCGAGUUCCGUCUAUUGCGGUGAACGAGAAAACGAAGGUUGAGCAGAAGAGAGAGUCGAUGCUGUACCUGCCUCCCCCGCAAUUGACUUUGACGGGUUCGGUGUACGGCAUCGUGGAGGAGAUUUAUCGCGUUCCGUUGCCGCUGCUUGCAGAUCGCUACCAGCCUCUCCUUCCCCUGACUAUACCUCGGAAACGUAUCAUCCAGCUAGCAGAGCAGCGACCGUGUCCUCUGAUCAGCCUGAAGUUCCGCCAGGAUAUCAUUCACAGGAAUGCCGAAGACCGCAUUGCGAAGACCACCGUGGAGGUGGAAAGCGAAGUCCUCCCGGAGUCGUCAUUGACAACGAGACUGACCCACCCUAUACACCUCCCAAACAGCUCAAAUCCGGUCAUCCUCGAAGGAAGCGUGCGGACCGGACGCCCCUGGUUCCGUGAGCCUCCACGCCUCGCCGUCGGUCUGCACCGUUGGCUCGGCGCCGGAACAGCCUACGCUUUCGCCGACAGCGGCGACUGGAGCAUGUGGCCUGGCCAGACGAUUAAGCUGAUAUCCGACUUCUCGCAAAUCAGCAAGACUCAACUUCUCACCGAGUUCCCCAUGAAGACCUCUGCCAGCCUCGAGAUCGGAUACACGACGUCCCCGGAGCGUGUGCCCUCAGCAGGCCACGAGGAUUCUCCGAAGGGAGAGUGCGGCAUCCGCGGCCUCGACAACGAGAACAGAAACAGCAGCGAUGACUCAUGGACCGUCUCCACGUCCCUCACAGCCACCGCCGUCGCGGGCUAUCUCCGCUAUGGCCGCGAUCUGCCCCUCUCCGGCUCCAAGGCCACCAGGCUCGAAGUAGAGCUGUGCUCCAACACCCUCCUCGACCGCUACGUCGCCGUCCGCAACCUCUGGAACAUCGGCCGCUUCUCCAAGCUCGGCCUCGAGGUCGGCGUCAGCCUGCACAGCCUGCACCUCUCGCUCUACUGGUCCCGCCUCAGCCAGCGCCUCAGCAUCCCGCUGCUCCUGUCGCCUCGCGCCGAGUACAGCCCCCAGGUCUUCUUUUACGCCACUGCCGUGCCCCUCGUCGCCUUCGCGGCCAAGCACUUCUUCGCCAAACCCAAGCGCGCAGUAGCAGCAGCAGCGCUGCCAUCGGGUGUCGACCUACAGUCCUACAUCGCCCGAAAGCGCGCCGCGGCGGACGAUGUCACCGCCUUGCUCGGCCCGCCCAUCGAGGCGCGGCAGCGCGUCGAGAAGCAACGCGGCGGACUCGUCAUCCUGAGCGCCAAGUUCGGCGUCAAGGACGGCGCGGAUUGGGCCGCCUUGGAGGAGGUCGCGGACGUCACGUUUGCGUUGGCGGCGCUGAUCGAGGACGGGAAGCUGAGGAUCCCCGCGGGCGUGCGCAAGGGCUCGUUGCUCGGUUUCUGGGACCCGGCGCCGUUGAGGCGGAAGGCGCUUCACGUGCGGUAUCUGUAUAGGGGCAAGGAGAGGACGGUGGAGGUCAUGGGGCGGGAUGAGCUGGUUCUCCCGCCUUCUAAGAGGUCCGUGACGUGA